AUGACGUUGGAUUUCCCGAGAGCUUGGAUCAGCCCGUCGCCCAAGCCGUGGAUGAUCCACACGGGGCUUCAUUUCUCCACAGUCAUCCAGUUGGGAUCGCCAUCAGCUAUCAUCUCGUGGGCGUUGCCAACCAAGCUCGACUCCCCCAAGUCCCCUUACCCACCACCUUCCGACCAGAUGGCAGGACCCGGUCAAGCUAUAUCUGCAUUCUCCGCUCUCCGCCGUGCCUCCAUCCCGCACCGUCGAGCCUCCUCCACCUCCAAGUUCCAACAGUCGAGCAGCAAGGUCCGGCUUCAGCGCAGCACCAACCACAAUCCAGUUCCUGCCGACCGAUUCAAUCAAAAACUCGACUGCUUCCCCCCAUGGCCUGAGAGUGCAAUGGCGAUGGCCCGUCCUCACCACAGGGCGGCGUCCACCGCAUCCUCAUCGCCCACCGACCACCCGCCGCCCAACAUCGCAUCUUCAACAUCUAUGCAUGUCCCCAUAGCUGCGGCCGGAGCUUCACAUCGCAACUCCUCCAAUUCCAACCACAAACGAAGCCACACUCACACCCAUAGCCUCAACCGCCACUCCGACCCGUCCUCCUCGUCGUCUUCGUCCCCUCCACCCGUCCACCCGUCUCUCCUCCAACCUCGAGUCGCCGUCGUCCUCAACGUCCCUCCUCCCUGGCACCCGUGGCUCUUUGCCCUCCGCCUCUGCUCUAUUCUCCCCGCGCUCUGGUGGGGUCUACCAUGCGCCCUGCAGCUUCUCCUACGCCUUCUUCCUGGCCCCGAUCGAAUUCUCGUCGUGCGCCCGAAUCGAGCGUGCACAACCGGGCCCUGCAACGGCGGUGACGAUGCCGUCCCCUUCGCCCUGACAGAAGGCGCCCUGGCAACAAUAUGGUGCUUUGCCUGCGGUUAUCUCUCCUUCUUCUUUACCGACUGCCUCAUGUCACGAUGGCUCAUCCACUACACUCCCCAAGCGACCAUCGUCCGUCUGCUCACAAUCAACGCCGUCAAUGCGUAUCUGACCAUGACCGUGCUCUCGUGUGCCGGUGGCUUUCAAGACCCCCGGCUCAUGCUCCCGGGCUGGAUAGGCAUAGCAACCACGCUGACAGUAUGCUACCAUAUCACACACCAAAAGAUCAACAUACGAAAGGAGACGUCAACAUCCAUCAAUGUCUUUUCGAUAGCAAGUUACAUUAGCAUGGUGACUCUGCUGGUACACAUGCAUUCGUUUCAACCCGAUUAUCCUGCCAUGCCGUUGAUUGGACAUGUCAAAGAGUUAUGGAAUGACGGAUAUGGUAUGCUGGUGCAAAUCAAGGGGUCCAUCGAACGAGCAGAGCUCUAA